AUGGACUUCUCGAGUAACAACUUCAGUUCAGUCAUUCCACCUGCUAUUGGUAUGAGCCUUUCUAUGGCGAUAUUCUUCUCCCUGUCCAAUAACAGUUUCCAGGGGUCAAUCCCAAAAUCAAUUUGCAAAGCUGGAUAUCUAAAGGUGCUCGACCUAUCUCAUAAUAAUUUGACGGAAAUUAUUCCUGAUUGCUUAGUGAUGGAGUCUCUAAAGAUAUUAAAUCUGCGAAAUAAUGCCUUAAAUGGUAGCAUUAUCAAUUUCCCUGAAACAUGUGGUUUGAGGACUUUGGAUCUCAGCAGUAAUCGAUUACAAGGGCAGUUCCCAGAGUUUUUGGCAAAUUGCACAAAUUUGGAGGUUCUAGACGUCGGAAAAAACCAGAUUGAUGACCUGUAUCCAUGUCAAUUGAAGAGCAUUGCAAGUCUACGUGUCCUUGUUUUACGAUCCAACAAGUUCCAUGGAGCGGUUGGAUGUCCAGGGACUAAUGGCACUUGGAAGAUGCUUCAAAUUGUGGACAUAUCUUCCAACAAUUUCAGUGGCGCUCUGCCUUUUAAAUACCUCACAACUUGGGAGGCUAUGAAGGCUGAUGUAGACUUCUAUUACAUCCAAUAUUCAUUCCUUGGCGCUUCUGGACUUUAUUAUCAGGACACGGUAAGCGUCACAAUCAAAGGUCUGCAAGUGGUGCUGGUGAAGAUCUUGACUCUUUUCACUUCAAUCGACUUCUCAUGCAACAAUUUCGAAGGUCCAAUACCUAAUACUUUGGAGGCACUCAAAGCGCUUUAUUUCCUCAACUUAUCAAACAAUGCAUUCUCAGGGCCAAAUCCUCCAUCCUUAGGACACUUGCAACAGCUUGAGUCCUUGGACCUUUCACGGAACGACCUCAAUGGGACGAUUCCCACACAGCUUUUAGACCUCAAUUUUCUUUCCAUGUUGAACCUCUCAUACAAUAAACUUGUGGGAUGCAUCCCACCGAUCAAACAAUUUCUCACCUUUUCAGCAAGUUCCUUCGAAAAUAAUAGCGGACUGUGUGGAUUUCCGCUGGAAACAAAUUGCUCAAGUUCUUUUGGAGAAAACCUUGGAUUCUGCGGGAUUGUGCUCGACAAAAUUUGCUCAAUUACCACACAUGGGACGGAAGAAGCAGGUUGUGUUCCAUCUAAAAGUGACUCAGAUGAUGAUCGUGACAACAAUGAUAACGAGAAGAACUGGUUUUAUAUGGGUAUACCGCUUGGAUUUGUGGUUGGCUUAUGGGCAUUUUGUGGUCCGUUAGCCUUUAUCAGAUCAUGGAGGUUUGCUUAUUAUCAACUCUGGAAUAAAGUGUUAUUCAGACACGUCCAUGAAGAAUUCCACUGA